UUCCCCUCGAACCGACGAGGCUCUCUUCUCUAUCCUCUGUGUCCCCUCCACCAAAACCGACGGCGACGUCGCUCUCCUCCACCGGUGCUCGGCGCUCUCCCCCGACGGCCCUCUCUUCUCUAUCAUCUUUGUCCCCUCCACCAAAACCGACGGCGACGUCGCUCUCCACCGGUGCUAGACUGUCCUGUGAACGGCAGAGCUGAGCAGUUUUGAUCCAGAGCUUAGCGGCGGCAGAGCUGGAGGAGGGAGAACGGUGAACAUAUUUGAUAGGGCAAAAGUGUCCGGUCACUAGUUACCAAUAUAAUCAAAUAAGAUGGUACCACUACCACGGGCCAUUGGAGCUCAGGAGCUGCUGCUGUGUUCCGGAGUCCGGACUUCCGAUUCCGGCGGCGCUCACGGAUGAGACGAGACGAUGGCUGGCCACUGUUCCCCCAACUCCGCAGCGGAGAGAGGGAGAGGAACGCCGGGCGCGGGGGCGGCGCAAUGACGUGGCGUCGUCCCUCCAUCUGGACCGCAUGCCAUGUCUCCAAUCGCUGCUCCGAUGCUGCCCGCUCCAUUGCCAAGAAUAGAACGUACUCCAAUCGUAUCCAUAGGGAGCUCAACCAACCAACCAUCCAUCCAUGGAUUGGUGCCACAAACAACAAGACCGGCCAAGAGGGAAGAGCGGAGGAGAGGCGGCUCUUGCAGCUGUCGGGCCGGGGAACAACAUCGGAGGGGCUAGUCAUGGUCUUGGCUAGGGGAUUUCUGAUCGCCUCCUCUCCUCUCCUGCCCCGCCGUGCCGCAAGCCGCAAUGCAACUAUGAAAUCUGAGCUCGCCGCUUCCCUCCGCCAUUCACGUCGGUGACAUUUAUUCAUUUCCUUCAUUCAGGUAACAUCCUCGACGCCCCAACAUCUAUAUGUUUCGAAAAUGCACACUGCCAGUCAGUCUAUAGCUGAUUGCGAUAUGGAUCAUGGAUCGACAGUCCAUGCCCUUCACACAAUCAAAAUCGAAUCUUGGUUGCACAACUGGAAUAACGCACAUCGUUUUCCCCCCUCAACAUAGGAUCGUCUCUGUCUGAAAGCACAGCAAGUUGGUAUUUGGAUCAGGACUCGGUAACACGUGUGCCUGUUUUUUUCACUUUUUUUUUUUAAUUUUUGGUGUGGAGCAUAAAGCCGAUGACCUUACAGGCACUAACAUUGUACCCUGCAUCUCUCAGUAGGGAGCAAAAACGGCAGCGCAUUGCCAGGACAGAGGUCAUCCUGAAGUUCUCCUUAAGUCGGACACUUAGACCAGGCUGACGAUGUCAGCUUCCGAGUUCAGAAUUCCAUACCAGCAAGUUUCUUCUUCACAGCCUGUUGAGAAUGUGAAUCAGUUUAAGACCUGUCGAUGUGGGGAGGGAGACCCAAACUCCACAUCUGAAACUGGUGACAGCCCGCCGGCCUCUUGUCCUAAUUGUCAGGUCCUUAAGAGUGGACAUUUACUACUUUCAUCUAAAGGAAUUGGAUGGACAUCAUGGAAAAAGCGCUGGUUUAUUCUUACAAGGGCAUCCCUAGUUUUCUUCAGAAGUGACCCUAAUGUACCUCCACCCAGAGGAGCUGAACCGAUUGUUACACUUGGUGGAAUCGACUUGAAUAGCUCUGGAAGCGUUGCCGUCAAAGAAGAAAGGAAACUUUUGACAGUGUUCUUUCCUGAUGGUCGUGAUGGACGAACUUUCACUCUGAAGGCAGAAACUACAGAAGACCUAAAUGAGUGGAGAAAUGCACUGGAGAGUGCUUUAGCACAGGCACCCAGCGUAGCAAAUACAAUGGGGCAAAAUCCAAUAUUCAGCACUGAUGUAGCAGCAGAACCUGCUGAAGCUCCAGCUGAACAGUCGGAGGACAGUUCUGUUAUUGGCAGACCUGCAGAAUUUGCACUUGUAGAUGCUGAUGGUAGUCCAUCAUUUCUGGAGAAGGCCCUGAAGUUCAUUGAAGAUCAUGGGGUAAAGGUAGAGGGCAUCCUGCGUCAGUCUGCUGAUGUUGAAGAAGUCAAACGCAGAAUUCAGGAUUAUGAAAAGGGGAAAAACGAGUUCUCUCCAGAAGAGGAUGCUCAUGUUAUUGGUGACUGUAUUAAGUAUGUUCUUAGAGAGAUGCCAUCAUCUCCAGUUCCUGCAUCAUGUUGCACUGCCCUGGUUAAAGCAUACCGAAGUGACAAGGCAAGAAGACUUGAUGAGAUAAGUAGGGUGAUAUAUGAAGUUUUCCCUGAACCAAAUCGACAAUUGUUGCAGAGGACUCUUAAGAUGAUGCAAAUUGUUGAGUCACACAAAGCUGUGAAUAGGAUGUCUCAAUCUGCUUUGGCAGCUUGCAUGGCACCACUUCUUCUCCGACCUCUUCUUCUUGGAGAAUGUGACAUAGACAAUGAAUUUAGUAUGGGAGGGGACAGUUCAUUUCAGCUACUUCAAGCUGCUGCGGCUGCGAAUCAUGCACAAGCUAUUGUUAUUAUUAUGAUGGAGGAAUUUGAUCAGAUAUUUGAUGACUUGGAAGAAGGUUCCUGUUCUUCAGAUGCUUAUACCGAGUCUGAGGAUGAUGAUGUUGAUAAGGAAUAUUCCACAGAUAAUGACAUUAAUGAUGAUGAUGACGGUUCUUAUGAUUCUGGUGAAGAUGACAUUGAAGAAGACUUGGACUACUCUGAUGACAGUGAACAUGACAGUAAGAUCAACACUAAUGUCAAGGAUGGCAAGGUUAAAAACAAUAUCUCAGAAACUGCAGUUGCACAGGCAAAGGGUGCUUCUCAUAUGGAGACCAAUAGUCAAUCCAACCAGAAACAAGAAUCAUGUGGACCAAAUGGAUCCAAAGAUCGUAUACUAAGAUCAACUUCUCGUUCAUCAUCCUCCAGAGAAAAAUCUAUGGAGAAAUCAUGCAGUUCGGCACACAGGGGAAAAAGAACCUUAUGGGGCCGUACUUCAGCAAGAAAAGACCUGUCAACAGAGGAGAUUGAAUGCUGCAGUGAUGAUGAGUCCCUUAUUGAGAAACUUGAGAGCAACAAGGUUGAUCUCCAAUCGAAAAUUGCAAAGGAGGCCAAAGAAAAUGCUAUUCUACAGUCAAGUCUAGAAAAGCGGAAAGAAGAACUACAUGAGCGCCGUUUAGCACUUGAAAAGGAAGUUGAAAAUUUGAGGGAGCAGCUGCAGAAGGAGAGAAGUUUGAGGACAUCCUUGGAGUCCGGGGUGAUGAAUUUGCGAAGAGGGCAGGUGUCCUUGCCGUCAACAACAGACAGCAAGACUAAGGCUGAUCUUGAGGAGGUUGCAACUGCUGAAUCUGAUAUUAUAAACUUGAAGCAAGAGGUUUCUGAUCUUCGUGGGCAGGUCAGUGGCCAGCAGCUGUGCUGUGAAUCAUGCAACAAAAGGCUCCUAAACACAGACAGGCUUGGCGGACCUGAAAGCUCAUCAGUGGCAGCGUCACCGACCAUUGGGAGUGACUCUGCAUCUGGCAUGAAAACAUUUCAGGGUGAUAUCGAGCAAUCAAGGAAGCAGACGGCACAGGAUUCGCCUUCUUCGACAGACAAGCCAGGUCACGAGGCGGUCGGGGGCAGCAGCCAGAGGGCUCCUCAAAGAAGGCAAUCGAUUGCCAGGGAGGGCCAAGAUGGGUGGUCGUCAUCAUCCUCUAAUUCGAAGUGGAAUCUUGCUCAGAAACAAUAUUCAAAUAGCCCAUUGAUAAGAGGGCUUCAUGGAUCCAGCAGACUAGAGGAUUUCGGUGGAAGCAUACCACCAGCAGCGUCAUCGGCAUUAGUCAAGCUGACAAACCGGCUCAACUUCCUGAAAGAACGGAGGGCGCUGCUGGCAAGCGAGAUGCAGAGCUUGGAUCUGGGUCGGCCCCCAGCAGCAGCUGCUGCUCCAUCAGCCAAGUCCCCAACACCAAAAGGCCAUGAAAGGAAGAAGAGUCGAGACUGAGGAAGAUGUUGUGCUCUUCUGAAUGCUAGUUAGCCUUAUGAUUACCAGCAGUGUAGUUUGUGUGCAUCCCAUUCCCUUCCAUAGUGCUGUCUGUCUGUACAUGUUUCCACAAAUUCUACUGCGGAUACAUAAUAUAGAUACGGCUGGACAGGCUGCUUUGUUAUUGUUCAAAUUGUUGCUGAAUUGA